GGCCUGCGGAAGAUCAUCACCACGCUGGCCGUGAAGAACGAGGAGAUCCAGAAUUUCAUUUACGUCCUGAAACAGAUGCUCCAGAAUGUGGAGGCCAAUUCGGACAGAGUGCAGCAGGACCUGGAAGCCGAGUUCCAGUCGCUCUACACCCUGCUGGACGAGCUGAAGGAAGGGAUGCUGAUGAAAAUUAAGCAGGACCGAGCCAGCCGGACCUACGAUAUGCAGAACCAGCUCUCUGCUUGCACCAAAGCCUUGGAGAGCUCGGAAGAACUCCUGGAAACAGCCAACCAAACCCUUCAGGGAGCAGAAAACCACGAUUUCAACCAGGCUGCUAAACAGAUCAAGGACAGCAUCACGAUGGCCCCCGCCUUCCGGCUGUCUCUCAAGGCCAAGGUCAGUGACAACAUGAGCCAUCUGAUGGUGGACUUCGCGCAAGAGCGCCGCAUCCUGCAGUCUCUGAAAUUCCUGCCAGUCCCCAGCGCACCUGAGAUAGACACGGCCGAAUCCCUGGUGGCUGACAACUGCGUGACGCUCGUGUGGCGGAUGCCCGAAGAGGACAGCAAAAUCGACCAUUACGUGCUGGAGUACCGCAAAACCAACUUCGAGGGGCCGCCCCGAGCCAAAGAGGACCAGCCUUGGAUGGUCAUCGAAGGAAUAAAGCAGACCGAGUAUACCCUGUCAGGUCUGAAAUUUGACAUGAAAUACAUGAACUUCCGUGUGAAAGCCUGCAACAAGGCCGUCGCCGGAGAGUUCUCGGAGCCCGUCACCCUGGAAACAAGAGCUUUUAUGUUCCGCCUGGACAGCAGCACCAGCCACCAAAACCUCAAGGUAGAAGACCUCAGUGUGGAAUGGGACGCCAUGGGCGGGAAGGUGCAGGACAUCAAAGCUCGCGAGAAGGACGGGAAGGGCCGCACAGCCUCUCCAGUCAACUCCCCGGCCAGGUGCGUGCAAUCGCCGAAAAGGAUGCCGUCGGGCCGUGGAGGGAGGGAUCGUUUCACUGCCGAAUCCUACACAGUGUUGGGGGACUCCUUGAUCGACGGCGGCGAAGAUUACUGGGAAGUGCGUUACGACCGGGAUAGCAAAGCAUUUGCCGUUGGGGUGGCCUACAGGACUCUGGGCAAGUUCGACCAGCUGGGCAAGACACCUUCUUCGUGGUGCCUCCAUCUCAACAACUGGCUGCAGGUCAGCUUCACGGCGAAGCACAACAACAAGGCCAAGACCUUAGACGUCCCGGUGCCCGACGUCAUCGGCAUCUACUGCAAUUUCCACGAAGGUUUCCUCUCCUUCUACAAUGCCAAAACAAAGCAGCUGCUUCAUACGUUUCGGGCCAGAUUUACUCAGCCGGUUCUUCCAGCCUUCAUGGUUUGGUGCGGCAGUUUCCACGUCUACUCCGGCUUGCAAGUCCCCAGCGCCGUCAAAUGCCUUCAGAAGCGGAACAGUGCUACAAGCAGUUCGAAUGCCAGCCUGUCUUAGGACCGUGCUAC